GGUUUUCGCCUCUAAAGCGCCCAGCGCUCGCCUCCCGCUGCCGCACUUUCACUCUCGGUCCACCUCGGUGUCCUCUUGCUGUCCAGCUCUGCAGCCUCCGGCGCGCCCUCCCGCCCACGCCAUGGACGCCAAGGUCGUCGCCGUGCUGGCCCUGGUGCUGGCCGCGCUCUGCAUCAGUGACGGUAAACCAGUCAGCCUGAGCUACCGAUGCCCCUGCCGGUUCUUCGAGAGCCACAUCGCCAGAGCCAACGUCAAGCAUCUGAAAAUCCUCAACACUCCAAACUGUGCCCUUCAGAUUGUUGCACGGCUGAAGAACAACAACAGACAAGUGUGCAUUGACCCGAAAUUAAAGUGGAUCCAAGAGUACCUGGAGAAAGCUUUAAACAAGGGGCGCAGAGAAGAAAAAGUGGGGAAAAAAGAAAAGAUAGGAAAAAAGAAGCGACAGAAGAAGAGAAAGGCUGCCCAGAAAAGGAAAAACUAGUUCCCCGCUUCCUGCCGAUGGACCGCAGUGCGCUCUGCUCUGGCGCUUUGUAACUCGCUCCUCCCUCUUCGGGGGCAGACCCCACACUCCGGGCAGGUGCUCAAACCUGACGGUAAACUCUUCCCUCUUCGGGGGCAGACCCCAUACCCCGGGGCGGGUGCUUAGGCUUUCCUGCCCUGGUGGCCACACCAGCUGCUGUAUUUAUGUGCUUCAUAAGGCCCUGCUCUGUCUGCUAAAGCUAUGAAGAAAGAUGUGCAGAGACUGGGGUGGAGACUAAGCCAAAGAGGAGCUGCCUAGCCUGGCAGCAUUGCCCCGAGCUGAGCCCCCUUGGCCAGGACUUCACAAGGCUCACACCUACAAUCCCAUGAAGGCCAGGGUGGUCUGCUUAGCCAGGAAAGGGCAAGUGCCUUCCCCUCGGCCACACUGCCCCUUGUGGCCUUCUCGGGACAUGUGGUAACUGACUUGCUCUCAGGCCCACCCGCAGCUUUUCCAAAUACCUGCAGCCUUCAGCCCUGCUGCCCUGCCUGUGGGAGCAGCUUUGACUCCAGUCCAGAAGGGUUUCUGCAGACUGUGUUGGGUGAGACGCAGAAAGGAUGAAAUCUCAGAACACAUGUCAGCUGCUUCUCAGGAAAUCUUUUCUUUGGACAAUUCACUUUAGAGUCUUUAAACGGGUCUCUCGUGGGGAGGAUAGAUGUGCUCUGGAACUUUCUGAAGGACCAGCAGCUUCAGGGACUCUUAGUCUGUCCUUCCCCACUUUUGGUCCCAACAUCCCUGGGAUGGUGUGCUGUCUGGGCACCACGGUCUCCAUCCUCACUCCUGAGAGAUUUCUGCCUUCUGUGAGUUGGGUUAAAGCUCUGGAAUUAUCUACUAUCCCAAUCCACUACCCUCACCUGGCAAUAUUUGUCUGUUUUUGUUUGUUUGUUUGUUUGUUUUUGUCUUUUGCCAGUUUGAAUUAGAAGGCAAGGCUCUGAUUUUAGUAGUGUUUUGGAAAAGGACUUUUUUCUUCACCUUCCUCUUUGCCUCAUGUGUACACACACACACACAUCUUGUACCCCAGACCUCUGGGUAUAAUUUUCAUAAUUGGUGCAGAAAGAAGAAAUGAUCUGAAGAUGUGUUAAAUGGAUUGCAGGGGAAGGAAGGCCCAGGGCCCUGUGUGUCAUGCCCUCUUGGGUUCCUAAGUUCUAUGUUCCUUAGAGGUUCUAGCAUUAAACAGAUAAAGCCCUUCAUGGUCCUGGCUGAGGAAGAGUCUUGCUAGGGGGAUUCAGGGAAGACCCGUGUUACCAGCUCUUACCCUUUAUCUGGACAGCUCUCCUACCCUGUAUCUUCUCCUCAGAUCUGAGGAUAGCAGGCUGGACUAUUGGUGGGCACCUUUCAAGCCCAGGGCUACUGUUUGUCCUGUGGCAGCCGGCUACAGUCUCGUCUGAGUGGCCUCAUCUGGACCCUUCCUGUUAUUAAUAAAACGCUUCUGGAGGCCAGAUCUGUGCUCAAGCCAUAGUUCUGCUUAGAAAGGGAUGCCCCACCCUUACCGGACACUGGGAAGAACUGUUGGCCCCUAGAAACCAAAGGCCAAACUGAGGCUGCCCUGAGUUGGAAGACCACUUUCUGAAAUGCCCAUGGACUCUGCCUCCCAACCAUUCGUCUCUCACUCCUAGCAGAGCUGUCUGUGCAGACUGUUUCUUAGGAGGCACAGCAAGCUCCAGGGAACCCUCUGUGCUUAUGAAGCUCGUCUGGUGGGCAACCCCAGCCCACUGGACAGAGUCCUCAUGGAAAUGCCUGGGAAGCUGAUUUCAUCUAAGGAUGGGUUGAAGUAGGAUGUGCUCCUGCGACUUCUCAGGCAGGUGAGAGGGGUAGUCCUUACACUGUCUAGCAUAAACGCCUUCCGGAAGGACCUGCAGCUCCAGAGACCACCUCCUGAGCACCAAGACCUCUUCUGGUGGUGUGGAACCAGCCAAGAGAUUUCAAGGAAGAGUGAUUAUUUGAUGAAUGCUAUGGGAAUGGCCUCUUCUCUUGGAGUUCUGAGGCCUGGGGAUGCCCAGGAACACUGGGCACCUGCUGCUGUUAGGGCCAAUGCAUAGUCUCAGCACCGGUGUCCUAAGGUUAAGGCGGUGCGCCUUGUCAUGUGCUCCUUGUACCAUGCCAUCUGUGCCAGUGUGUGUCUGCCUCACCCUGUGCUUGACAUGUUCACCCAUCUUCUCUGCUUCCCGCCACCAUCCAGAUCCUCAGCGGCCGCCCCGGCUGUGCCCUUCCCUGCUCUCCCGCUCUCUCAGGCCUCGGAAGGAAGAUCGGUGGCUGCGAGCUGAACUAAGGAGUAGGGCCUGUGGCUCAGCGCUAGGCCACGCACGCAGCAUCCCAGGCAUGUGGUGAGAAACUGCCUUAAUGUGUCUCCUCUGUUCUUGUCAACAGGAGGCUCAAGAUGUGAGAGGUGUGAGUCAGACGCCCGAGGAACUUACAGGAGGAGCCUAGGUCUGAAGUCAGUGUUAGGGAAGGGCCCAUAGCCACUUCCUCUGCUCCUGAGCAGGGCUGAAGCCGUUUGCAAGGGACUUGCUUUGCACAGUUUUGCUGUACUUUCACAUUUUAUUAUGUAGCAAGAUACAUGGUGAUUUUUUUUUUUUUCAUUUAGCCUGAUUUUCCAACGUCAUUGGUGACAGGCCAAGGCCACUAUGUUAUUUCCUUUGUUCUGGUAUCCUUCCCUUGGAGGACCUUCUCUGAGUAGUGGCUCCCCAGGUUUGUCCUUUGAGCUGAGGCAGGAGGCUCACCCAUUCUUCUGAAUAGGAACUGGGUGUUCCCACCCCCCAAGGACUGCAGGGCUUUCCCAAGCUGAGGCAGGAACGUGAGGCCAGGGAAGAGUGAGCUUCACCCUCAUCCCACGCUGUCCUCCUCAACCCACCAUGCUCAUCAUUCUGUCUCAUCCAUCCAUCCAUCCAUCCAUUCAUCGCCAUGUGUCCGCAAGACUGUCUCCAUGACCCUGAAAAAGGACUCUCGAGAUGAAAUCCUUUAUUCAAAUGGGACAGCAAGAAGGAAAAGCCAAUGUCUGGUGUCUCUCCCCCCGCCCCUACCCUGCGCGCAUCUAUGUCUUGUUUGGAAUAUUGUCUCUUCAACCCCCUGUUCAUGUCCUUCUCACUCAUGAUCGAUGUCUUGUCUGUGCACUGUCUCUAACCCAAAUGCAAAGGCUGAGUGUGAGGUGAUGGCCCCGAGGUCCAGGUUGUAGUCAUGGAAAGAGCCCUGCUGUCUCCCUUCUCAGGGGGCCCAUUUUAGACACACAAAGCCCAAAGAAAGGUGGUUUGCAACAGUGCUUAGCUCGAGCCUCCAUAUUUCCAUAACUGUUAGCUUAAAACUGUGGGGUUUUACCUUCCUGGAACCAAAUGCAUUCUUCUGUUGAGGAGUAACAGGUCUCAAUUCUUUUCAAUUAAUUUUAAAAGUCAAUCACUAAGAGCAUCGGCUUUGGGCCCUGAUGGGCAGGCAUUUCCCUGGAAAGGGGGUGAACUACCUACCUCUCCUCAAGACAGCCGAAGGGUGGGAUUGGUGCCGCUCUGGGAAGCGUGGCCCCAGGAGUUUUGUCCUCUGCAGUUUUUAAUGCAAGUUCACUGCCACUUUGACAAAAGCCCAAUUAGAAGCCAGUCUCUAGUUCCUUAAACAAAACAGACAGAGUAAGGAAAGGAAGGAGGGUGGCAGCCAGCUGGCUGGACACUCGAGAAAGACGGGGAAGUAAGCUACAGAAAGAUAGUCUUCAAAAACAGGUGUUUGAGAGUGAAUACUCUGUAGAAUUGUUAGUGGGGUGUGUGUGGUGGUGGUGGGGGGAUUUCUACAAAAUAGUCCUUUAAGUUGAGUUUACAGCAGAUGAAAAAUCCAACCAGCAAAAUUUUGAUCAAAUUUGAACAAAAACCCAAAAACCUAAAACUGUUGAGCAGGUUGCGAUGAGGAGCACAGGGCUAGCUGCAGAGCUGGAUCCUCAGGAGGAUAGCGAAUUAUUUUCAACCCUGGAAUAGAAACCACACACUGGCUUGCUGUGCACCAGCCACUUUGCAUCUAAUCCAAGCUUUGAAGGGUGUUGCUUGGGAGGAAACAAAUACAGCCUUCCAUCUUCACUCCAGUUAGGGAUCCUUUCAAAGUCUCCUUCACAGUGAGGAAAAAGAGAAGGGUAGAAACUUUAGGGAGCCGGAUUUGUGUAUCAAUUCCUCCGCUGACAGUCAGUUUCUAGAUGGAGACAGCCUGCUUAAAGCAAAUCCGAAUUUAAAUAGGACAUUUACAUCGGAAAAGUCUCUCCCUACCUUAAUCCCCCAUUCUCUUGCUUUCAAAAUACAAGCACAGCAGUCCUUGAAUGGCUGUUGACCCAGGGCACCUAGCUGUCCCUGCUGGUCCUGGGGCUGCCAGAAUUCCCUUGGGCGCCAAGCAACCUGCCAGGUAGCCAGUCCCUCUGUUACAAGCCUUUGCAUCUGGAUAGGGAAAGGGGUGGAGACAUACAGUCUGCUUUGUGUUGAAACCCAGAUUUGUACCCUGUGUUUAUACACUGCUGCUGGCUCCCGAGGACAGUGGGACUUUAGCAAGGAAGUGCAGCCGAGGGGUAAAGAGCCCUCUGGUUCAUUGCCUGAUCGGCUUUGAGAGAGGGUUUGGAGGGCAAGGGGCUGCAUUCCUCUGAGGGACUUGGCCUGAGGCCUUUCGGGCCUCUCCAGUGGGUUCUGUUUAUCCUCUCAUGGGUGAUUAUCUCAGUGGUGUCACCAGGGGCUUCCUCCCAGAAGUCAGUCAUCCCCAGGCCGUGCACCCUUUUCAGCUGGAUGAGAGCCAGGGAUGCAUUCUCUCCAAACAGCUACCCUGGCCCAUUUUAAGGUAAUCUCAUUCUUCAAAAUGUUCCAUAGAAUCCUCCAAAUUCCCCCAGCAGACUUCUACCCUCGCCAAGUUCCCAAAACCCACUCAGCAAAGUUGCCAACCUCGACGGGCUAGCAGUGUCUAAGCAGCGAUGGGUUCAGUGUUGUGUGUGGUGAAUACUGUAUUUUGUUUCAGUUCUGUCUCCCAGAUAAUGUGAAAACGGUCCAGGAGAAGGCAGCUUCCUAUAUGCAGCGUGUGCUUUCUUAUUCUUAUUUUUAAUAUAUGACAGUUAUUUGAGAAGCCAUUUCUACUUUGAAGUCAUUAUCGAUGAAAGUGAUGUAUCUUCACCUACCAUUUUCCUAAUAAAGUUCUGUAUUCAAAUAUAG